AUGACUAAGACUGGAGGCGGAAUAUACACCUUCUCCACGGACACGGAAUCAUCGCAGACCCUGCCAGACCUUCUCACAGCCGCUAGGGAGCGUAUUGCCUGCUAUGAGCCGCAGGGUUAUAAGGAGGAAGGCAAAUUCAAGGCAGGACUAAAUGCCUUUCUCGACUGGCUGCCGCCGGGUGGCUGGGAAUCGAUAGCAAGAGACAUCAACAAUGCGACCACUGAUAGCGAGCUCCAUGAUGUCUUUUUCAACCUCCUCACUGCCCUUGCGAUUCCCAUGAAAGCCCGGUCGAAUAGCAGUACCGUCACCGAAUCCCCACAAGCGAAUCGACUUGAGGCCGUUGAGACUGUGGCUUCAACACUAGAUGAACCACAGUACCGAGAAGAGACAUUUCGAGAGCUCUGCAAGAAGCGAGAUAGCUAUCGCUGUAUUGUCUCAGGAGAACUAGACACCAAGACUUGGAUUGAGAGAGGGAGGCCCGACAAUGAGGACAAUUGUUAUGUGGACGUAACCCAUAUAAUUCCCUUCGCAUAUGCGUCUUGGGAUAAAUCAACACCACCACCGGGCCAGCGAGCCACUGCCUGGGAGGUUCUCUAUCGGUGCUUCCCUGGCGUUCGGCAUAUCGGAAUGGCUGUCACCUCCAUCAAUGACCUGCGCAAUGGUGUCACACUGCGAGAGUCGAUACACAAGGCGUUCGGCCGUUUUGAGAUAGCAUUUAAACCCACAGGCCAUGUCAAUGUUUACGAGAGAAAGAUCUUCGGCAAUUUCCCCAAAUCUGAGCAAAGAGGUUUGCCGGGGAGCACUAGGAUCGAGCUCACACAGGCAGCCGACACAGAGGGUCUGGAACUACCCAGCGUCACUCUUCUUGAUUGCCAUUACCGACUGUGUGAGAUUUUAAAUGCGUCGGGCAUGGGCGAGAUAAUCGAAAAGCAUUGGGAUGACUGGGAGGACCUAAAGGCGCGUGGAGGGGGUGUGAUGCGACCCGAUGGAAGCUCUGAUAUCGGUCACUACCUUGAAGUCGCCUUGUGGGAGAGAGUAGUGGGUUGAUGCCUAUGAUACCUAGUGAUUUCAUAGAUUUAUUACAUAUAAUAGAGAUGAACUUCAUUCCCUU